GGUUAUAAAUCCGAGAAUUCAGACGCUACAAAAAGUGGGAAAUUUUUAACUUUUUCCAACUAUUUCCUGCGUGUUUAGAACAGAUUGCCGUUGUCGUUCUCGUUGGAAAAGUCGCCAGGCAUACAUCUUCGUUGUAAGAAAUGGCUAUGGCAAAACCGAAAUCAGAGCUCACGCCAGAGGAGCUGGCCAGACAGGAGGAGGAAGAGUUCAACACCGGGCCGCUGUCCGUGCUAACACAAUCGGUCAAAAACAACACGCAGGUGCUGAUCAACUGCCGCAACAAUAAGAAACUGUUGGGCCGCGUGAAGGCCUUCGAUCGGCACUGCAACAUGGUGCUGGAGAACGUGAAGGAAAUGUGGACGGAGAUUCCGCGCACGGGCAAAGGCAAGAAGAAGGCGAAGCCGGUCAACAAGGAUCGCUUCAUCUCGAAGAUGUUCCUGCGGGGCGACUCCGUCAUUCUCGUCCUUCGCAAUCCUCAGGCAACGGCGGCCGGAAAGUGAAUCUGUCCCGAGGCGUCGAAUAAACUAGCGUAAGGAACUUCGUACAA